CGCCGCACCCCGGGGGCGCUCGCGCACUCGCGCGGCGCCCAUUGGGCGUCCCGCUACUAGCCUCGGGGAGCGGGCGCGCGCGCGCCCUUUGGCCCCGCCCCCAGGGGCGCGCGCCCGUAAGGCGACCGAGGGGCGGGGGGCGCGGGCGAGGCCGGUCAUGGAGGCCCUACGGAGGGCCCACGAGGCUGUGCUUCGUCUGCUGCUGUGGCGGCCCUGGGCCGCGGGCGCCGCCUCCAGCCCGAAGCCCCGAGCCUCUGAGGUGCUGACGCGGCACCUGCUGCAGCGGCGCCUGCCUCACUGGACCUCCUUCUGCGUGCCCUACAGUGCAGUCCGGAACGACCAGUUCGGCCUCUCGCACUUCAACUGGCCCGUGCAGGGCGCCAACUACCACGUCCUGCGCACCGGCUGCUUCCCCUUCAUCAAGUACCACUGCUCCAAGGCUCCCUGGCAAGACUUGGCCGGGCAGGACCGGUUCUUCACGGCGCUCAAGGUCGUCAACCUCGGUAUUCCAACUUUAUUAUAUGGACUUGGCUCCUGGUUAUUUGCUAGAGUCACAGAGACUGUGCACACCAGUUAUGGACCAAUAACAGUUUAUUUUCUAAAUAAAGAAGAUGAAGGUGCCAUGUACUGAAAGUGUGCAUUGAAGGACAUAAAUAUCAAUAGAUUUUUUCUCAUGUGUAUGUGCAAUAUUUAUUUUUGAUCCUUUAAAAUAAAACUUUGCAAAUACUUU